CCUGGAAACAUAGUUUCCCACAGUCUGUCUGAGGAGUCCGAGCUGUCAACACAACUUUUGGUUUCAGCUUCCAGAAGAGGAGCGUCAUCUAAACUGCUGCCACAGCGGAAAAUAAAAAAACACUUAACAGGCCCGCACUAAUACCACGCAACAGGACUAAAGCUGCACUGAGAACAUCUCUGCAGCCUGUUUGUGUUUGUGUGAGGCCUCUGUGCCUGCAAGAACCUGUGGAGGAACACACAUCUGCUUACAUAAGUGCAGUUUUCAGGAUGAAAAUCAUGUUAGGCCUGCAGAAACUUCCCACAGUGGCCCUCUGUGUUCUUCUCCUGGCCACGCUGCUACCCAGCUCUGAGGCCCGCCGUGGUCGUGGCGGUGGUGGCUUUAGCCGAGGAGGAGGAGGAGGCUACAGCCGGGGGUGGGGCGGUCAGGCCUACAGACCACCACCUGUCCAGAGCAGUGGCCCCAGUGCUGGGAAAGUAGCCGGAGCUGCUGCUGCAGGAGCAAUAGGAGGGGCCGUGCUUGGAUCUGCCUUGAGUCGUCCCGGUUAUGGGUAUGGAUACGGUGGCUAUGGAGGCUAUGGAGGUUAUGGUGGCUAUGGAGGUUAUGGCUACCCACGGUAUGGAGGCGGCUAUGGCCCCCGCCCCGGCUAUGAGCCAGAGGGCUCUGGAGAUAUGGAGUACUACACCGGAGCAUCCAGUGGCCCCAUCUAUAACAGCAUCAUCGUUGUCAUUGGCUCCCUAAUGUCCUUGCUCAUGGGCCACUGGGUGGCUUUCAUGUAGAGCUGGAGAUGGAGCCGAGAGCCUACAAACCCCCACAUCCAAAAAUAAUCCAUCCUACAGCAAAGAGGACAUUUUUAAAGUUAUAAUUCACCUGAAAUUUGAGUUUUCAGAAAAAAUAAAAACCUGUUGCCAAUUUGUGGACACAUCAGUGACCCUCUGUGAGGGCAGGAAGAGGAAUUUGACAUAUUAAUGUGACACCAAUCUGAGGUGCACCGCUGAACAUGAAAACAUACUUUGAUAAAUGUUUAUUAAAGUCAUGAAAUGUAAUCUGAUUUAAUACAUUUGAUGCAAUAUCUCCACUGUGUCCCACUUUCAGCUUCCUUUAAUGUGGCCACUGUUUUUUUUACAUUUAAUGAUGGCAGUGAUGGUGAUGAGUCUGCAGUCUGUAAAGAUGGACCAGGGAUUAAUUAGAUCCAUAAUCAAGUUGAGUCUACCUCAGGAGACCAUGUCAGGAUUAGAGGUUAAUGCCAUUUUCUAAUUAUGUACUUUUGUCUGCAUAUUAGAAAGUUUAUAUUUUUAAGUAUUGCUUGCUUGGACAUAUUUACAUAAUGAAACUAAAUGUUUUAUGCCAAUUUGUAGUUCUUCAAAGUUCUUGUGUUUAAUAUUGUUAUGAAAGUAAAAUAAAUGUGACAAACCUU